AGGAAGUCAAAUUCGUUCUAUAUAAAGAACAGACCCUAAUAAUUGGAUACAAUCAAGUUGCAUAACACAAUUCUUCAUUUCAAUUUCACAAACAGCUUUUGGUGCUUCCAUUUUUAUCUCGUUGAUUACACAUUUAAGUUGUUACUUUAUAUUAUAAGCUAAGUAUUAGAUUAAUUAGAUAUGGUUGGAACAGGGGUUCCAAUAUGUGUACAAUGUGGUAACACUAGCAACCCUUGUCGGUGCAAGGUGGUGGGGCCAACGGUGGGGUUCCUGGCGUUUGCUGCGGCGGCGGUAGUGGAGUGGCCGGUGGGUGCUCUGGUUUAUUGUUUCCGCCACAUGAAGGGCCGCAAAAUCAUGGCUCAUCCUGCCACCGUGGUCUACCCUUCAGUCACUAAUGCUAUUCCAAUUUAAGUUAACACUUCUUGCACUUUUAUGUCUCAUGUAUGAUAUGAAUAAAAUCAUGAAUCUAUGUUAUUUUUCUUUU